AUGCAAAACACAGAAGAGGUCAUGGCAAGUGGAUGCCUUGAACAACACAGAUUCCAUCCUUCCCACCAAAUCUAUCUUGCCAGCAAAAAGUCACCCAGGGACAUCGAUAUCCCACCCCGCAAGCUCCUCAGCCGCCGUGCCUCCGCCUCCUCGCCGGAGGCCCUCAUAGACAGCAUGUAUCAUCAGCAGCAGAAUGAAUCUCCCAGGGUUCUUCCCGAGGAAACACUCUUCAAGAAAUUCUUGCCUUACAACUCCGGUGUGGAUUCUGAUGAAGAUGCCGAUCCCUACUCUGCUGAUCAUUUCCGUAUUUAUGAGUUCAAGGUUCGCAAGUGUACCCGUAGCCGAUCUCAUGACUGGACCGACUGUCCCUUCGCUCAUCCUGGCGAAAAGGCUCGCCGGAGGUGUCCUCGUCGAUAUAAUUACUUGGGUACAGUCUGUGCAGACUUCCGUCGUGGGAGCUGUAGCCGUGGUGAUUCGUGUGAGUUUGCUCAUGGAGUUUUUGAGUGUUGGCUACAUCCUUCUCGCUACCGAACUGAAGCGUGCAAAGACGGGAAGAACUGCCAGCGCAAGAUCUGUUUUUUCGCUCACACCCCGCGUCAGCUCCGUGUGGUGCCACCGGAGACGACGGUUCCGGUGAAGAAGCAUCAUUCGGAGACUUGUCAUUGUUGUGCCCAUUGUCGGUGCCUUUCAAGUGUCCAUCACAUCAAUUCGCCUACCUCCACUUUGAACAUUGAUAUCGACAGCCUUUCCCUUUCACCACCUGCUUCUCCGCCCUUCUCUCCGGCCAGAUCCGGAGCAGGGUUCUCCCCUAUUUCCCGAUUUGCAGACAGGCUAGCUAGAGCGGAGUCGUUGGGGAUGACCCAAUUUGGAAACAACAGUUGUAUGCAGAAUGAGUCGAUGAAUGAGCUGAUCAGCAAUCAGUCGCUAACUGAACUGAUGAGAUCUAUGGAGGCCAUGACUGUGGAGGAGAAUAUGAAUAUGAACUCACAGUGGGUAGAUGAGUGCUUCAACAACGGGUGUGGUGGUGUUUAUGAUUUGUCUGAUUCAACUCCGACUUCAUUCUCGAGGAGCAGCAGUUCAAGCCAGAAUGUUUACAAUGACAGCCCCGUAAAUGGUCCAGAUCUUGGAUGGGUGAAUGAUCUUCUGAGAUAG